GCCACAGCUUUCGAGAAUAGACGAGUGACGACGGCAGCGAAUCAGCGAAAAGCAUGAAUUUUUGAAUUCUUUUAAUCAAAUUUGACUGUGCUUGCCAGACAAGACAUUUUACUACACAUUCGAAUAGUGUCGAAGGUAAAUUAUUACUCAGGAUAAAUUAGGUUUAGGUACCUAUAGUUAAUUGAGUACGAUGCAAUAAGAAUACUUUUGAUUCAGCAGCUUCUCACCGCAAUAUACCUAUUACAAAUUUGUACGUGAAAAGAGUGUGUUAUAUAACCUUGAAUCACGAGACUUCAGUAUUGAUCAGUUAUAUUUUUUGUGAAAUAUUCAAGUGAGAGUAAAACUUAUCAGAUCUGACACUAGACUCAAACAAACAUGCAUCGCGCGAGGGUUAUAUUUCAGCUGUCAAAUAAAGUUGGGAACAACGAACGGUUUGCAUCAUGGCUCUUGAACAAACCACAGACAACAGCAGGGUCAGUAGUCGGAUAUAGGCACAAAAGCUCGGCGGCUGCUGAACCCUUCCUCAAUGGCUCCAGCUCAGCAUACGUGGAGACCAUGUACAACUCAUGGCUCGCAGACUCCAGCUCUGUACAUGCGUCAUGGGACGCGUUUUUCCGCAAUGCGACAGCUGGAGCUCAGCCCGGCACAGCGUACACAGCGCCGCCGAACCUGGCGCCCUACAACAAGAAUGAAGUCCCUCUUACCUCACUGGUACCAGCUGGUGCUGGUAUGCCAUCCAUUGCUGCAGGAUCUCCGAUUAACGAGAAGAUAAUCGACGACCAUCUAGCUGUGCAGGCUAUCAUCAGGAGUUACCAGGCUCGCGGUCACCUGGCGGCCGACGUGGACCCGCUCGGCAUCACGACGGCGAACCUGCCUCAGCUAGGCAUGCGCGGCCCAAGCUCCGAGCUCAUCAUGAGGAAAUAUUUCAAUUUUGAUGAAGCUGAUAUGGACAGAGUUUUCAAACUUCCAUCCACUACUUUUAUUGGUGAAAAAGAGAAAGCGUUGCCGUUGAGGGAAAUCUUGAACCGUCUGGAGCAAGCAUACUGCAACAACAUCGGUAUUGAGUUCAUGUUCAUCAACUCUUUGGAGCAAUGCAACUGGAUCAGGCAGCGCAUCGAGCCACCCAACGUUGGCAAAAUGAGCCCAGACCAGAAGAGGCUGAUCCUCGCUCGUCUCACCAGAUCUGCCGGAUUCGAGAACUUCUUGGCGAAGAAAUGGUCGUCAGAGAAACGUUUCGGUCUGGAGGGUUGCGAGAUCUUGAUCCCGGCGAUGAAGCAGGUCAUCGACGUCUCCACUCGUCUUGGAGUCGAGUCCAUCAUCAUGGGCAUGCCUCACAGAGGUCGUUUGAAUGUCGUCGCCAACGUCUGCCGCAAGCCUCUCCACCAGUUGUUCACACAGUUCGCUGCCCUCGAAGCCGAAGAUGACGGCUCCGGUGACGUCAAAUACCACUUGGGAACAUACAUCGAGCGUCUGAACCGCGUGACGAACAAGAACAUCCGCCUGGCUGUGUGUGCCAACCCGUCUCACUUGGAGGCCGUGGACCCCGUCGUGCAGGGCAAGUGCCGAGCUGAACAGUUCUACCGCGGUGACAACGAGGGCAAGAAGGUGAUGUCCCUCCUGCUGCACGGUGACGCGGCGUUCGCGGGUCAGGGCGUGGUGUUCGAGACCAUGCAUCUGUCGGACCUGCCCGCCUACACCACGCACGGGACCAUCCACAUCGUCGUCAACAACCAGAUCGGGUUCACCACCGACCCCAGGCACUCACGCUCCUCUGCUUACUGCACAGACGUGGCCCGCGUAGUGAACGCGCCGAUCUUCCACGUGAACGGCGACAACCCCGAGGCGGUGAUGCACGUGUGCAACGUGGCGGCGGAGUGGCGCGCCACGUUCCACAAGGACGUCGUCAUCGACAUCGUCAGCUACCGCCGCAACGGACACAACGAGAUCGACGAGCCCAUGUUCACGCAACCACUCAUGUACCAGAAGAUCCACAACACUAAGCCCGUUCUGGAGAAAUACGCCGACCAGCUGAUCACCGAGGGCGUGGUUACCGCCGCGGAAGUGAAGGACGUGAAGGACAAAUACGAGAAGAUCUGUGAGGACGCAUACACACAGGCCAAACAGGAGACACACAUCAAGUUCAAGGACUGGCUCGACUCGCCCUGGUCCGGCUUCUUCGAGGGCAAGGACCCACUUAAGAUGUCCCCAACUGGUGUAGUAGAAGAGACCCUGGUGCACAUCGGCAAGCGUUUCUCUUCUCCCCCUCCCAACGCGGCUGAGUUCGAGAUCCACAAGGGUCUGCUCCGUAUCCUGAAGGCCCGCAUGGCUAUGGUGGAGAACAGGCAGGUGGACUGGGCGCUGGGUGAGGCGAUGGCCUUCGGAUCCCUGCUCAAGGAAGGAAUCCACGUCAGACUGUCCGGUGAGGACGUCGAGCGAGGAACUUUCUCACACAGGCACCACGUGCUCCACCACCAGAAGGUAGACAAGGCGACAUACUGCUCGCUCUGCCACCUGUACCCCGACCAGGCUCCCUACACCGUCUGCAACAGCUCACUUUCCGAAUACGCCGUGCUCGGUUUCGAGGUGGGUUACUCGAUGACAAACCCGAACGCGCUGGUACUGUGGGAGGCUCAGUUCGGAGACUUCAACAACUGCGCGCAAUGUAUCAUCGACCAGUUCAUCUGCAGCGGACAGGCCAAGUGGGUGCGACAGUCCGGCAUCGUACUUCUGUUACCUCACGGCAUGGAGGGCAUGGGCCCCGAGCACUCUUCAGCCAGACCUGAAAGGUUCCUCCAGAUGUGCGCUGACGACCCCGACUACAUGCCUCCUGAGAGCCCCGACUAUGAAGUACGUCAGCUCCACGACUGCAACUGGAUAGUGGCGAACUGCUCCACCCCUGCUUCAUACUUCCACAUCCUGCGACGACAGAUCGCCCUUCCCUUCCGCAAGCCCCUCAUCCUCAUGACUCCCAAGUCUCUGCUGCGUCACCCCGAGGCCAAGUCCUCAUUCGAUGAAAUGAAGGAUGGCUCAAGCUUCAGAAGAGUGAUCCCCGACGAGGGCGUCGCAUCCCAGGACCCGAAAUCGGUUCGCAAGCUGUCAUUCUGCACGGGCCGCGUCUACUACGACCUGCUCAAACACAGGCGUGAGAAGGGACUCGAGAAGGACAUUGCUAUUGUCAGAGUGGAACAGAUCUCGCCGUUCCCCUACGAUCUGAUCAAGGCCGAGAUUGAGAAGUACCCGAACGCGAACAUUGUAUGGAGCCAGGAGGAGCACAAGAACUCCGGCUACUGGGGCUACGUCGAGCCAAGGUUCCGCACGCUGUUACAGAACCAGAAGACCGUCAGCUACAACGGACGUGCGACGGCCGCGGCCCCCGCCACCGGAUCCAAGGCGGCCCACAACAAGGAGCUCAGGAACCUUCUCGAGGAGUUCUGCGUGCUAUAAGCGAUCACACACGAACACGCGACGGUAGAACGAAAUGGCUAGCUUACGCUCCCAACACACUCUUAGAUACAAUACAAAUAGACGGCCAUUUACGAAACAACACUGUCAGUGUACACAGUUUAGAACGUUACAAACCAAUAUACUGUUAUAGUAGACAACAUUCAUGCCAUAUUGAAACGUAACCACAUUGUAACAGGAUCUAUAUCUACGUAAUCUAUCUCGAAACGUGAUUUAUCUUUGACAUGAUCAUUUAUUUUUGUCGAACGAAAUUUAUUUUUGUAAAAUAUUAAAAUGUUAAUUUUUCUCCUUACUCUCAGUAUUUUGUUGUAAUUCUCUUCAUGUUUAGGUAGAUUAGUUAGAUAAAUUAUUAUUUAUUUAUUUAAUGUAGCAUACGUGAUCUGUAGAACCUACAUAAUUUAUUUUUAUUGUAAAAGCAAUAUAACGUAGUCUCCACUUAUGAUGAUGCGUACUAGAUUAUAAUUACUUACUGAAACAAAUGGUACAUUAAUUGCAAAAUGGCGUCGCGUACGCUGGUUGUAUUAUUUUCAUGUACAUAAAUUUAUUAUUUUUUUAUUUGAUUAUUUUGUCAUUAACGGAUUUGAAGUUAUGACGUUCCUUUUGCUAGUCUUGGGGAUACGUACAUAUAAACUUAUUACGUAGAACAGUAAUCGCACUUGGCGAGCGAUGAUGUGUAUAAUCUCGAUGACAUUGGGCGUAGCUAGAGAGCGGGAAUAGAAACGUGCAGCGUCGCCGCGCACCCCGCCCGGCGCCCACUUAUUGUGAUAUAUUUAUAAACGUUUACCUUUUACCCGUAUAAUUUUGAUAUUAAUUAACGCUCACGUAAUUAAAGUGACUGAAAUAAAUUAAUGGGAUUAACCAACUCGCAAUGGUGUCAAAAGCAGUUAUUGAAAUUGUAAACCGAAUUAUUAAUUCACUAAUAAGUUUUGAUUAAAAGUAUUGAAUGUAAUGUUUGGUUUCAAAUUUUGAGUACCUACUUACACCAUUAUUUGCUGAGACGCUUAAUUAUCCUUCGCUUGCAAGUGCGAUUGUUACCAAUACAAUAGUUGCGCUUACGGUACUGUACAUGAUGAGAUAUUAUUAGUUAGUGAGUAAAUGUAUGUCUAGUAACUAGGCACCAGUUUAAAGUAAAUUGCACCUUAGUACAUAAAAUGUAUGUAAUAGAGGUCGUUUUGGUUUGCAACCUCCCGAGCCGCGACCCCGCGCCUAGGUUUAGUUCGCUGAUAGUUACCGCCGUUAAGAACGGCACCUUGUAAGGGAUAACACCAACAUCCAACGCUUUGUAUAAACCGACGCAUACUAUUAUAAUUAUCUUGUCUGUAGUCAAUCUUCGAAUGUAUGUCGUUACCUUAUGUAUGUAGAAGUAAAGGAAAUCGUAAUUGUCUCACUAUUGUGAACAGGUACCUACUAGCCACGUGUAAAAUUAAGCUUUAUUCAAACUUAGUAUUAUGUGACAUUCAAUCUUAACUUUUAAUGCGGUUUAGCUUUCUAACACUAUUCGCAUGUGUAGGUGCAUUGUUUUAUUGUUAAAUUUAACAUAUUUUGAUGUUCACGUAUUUUCGAUAUAUUAUAGGCUCAGGACGCCGCUGAAAAACUUCAUAACUGAUAAUAGGUAUUCUUUUGGCAAGUACUACCUGAGUCAUUUAUUGCUAAAUGUUAGUUUGAUUUAGUUAUUUACAAUAAAUAUACUUUUAAUUGAA